GUCACACAGUGCAAGAAUCGCAAAAAAAAAACGUAUUAAAAAUAACCAAAACAAGCGCAGAAUUUUCAAUUUUAGUCGCACUGCUAACAUGCAACAGCCACGCCCCCCGCCGCUGUGACAAUGGCCACGUCCCCGCCUCCGUCCACUUUCGCAGCAGACGCAGCAGCAGCAGCAGAAGGCGCCGUGGACGCAGCUAGCGACGCAGCAAUUGACGAUGAAGUGCAUCACAAUCUGCAGCAGAAGCAGAAGCAGCGCCAGCAACAACAACAGCUGGAGAGGAAUUCCCUGCUGGCGGAUUUGCGGAGAUCCACGAAUUUCUGGUUCCGGGCCAAAUCGACGGACGGACUGCAGCUAUUGGCCCAAAGUUGCACCCGGAUUCUGCAACACGGACUGCUGCAGCCCGUGGAACUUCAGCGACUGUCGGACGACUUUGAGUUUCUGCUGGCGAGUGCGGGCAAUCAGCAGCAUCCGCAGGCCAAGCCUGCCCAGCCCUGUCAUCGGGGCUCCUCGGGAGGAAGUGCCUCAGUGGUGGCCGGCGGAGUGGAGCAGUUCCUAGGCGAGUGGACCACACGCUGCCUGGGCGCCCGCUGCCUGUCGCAGUGCCUGCAAACGCUGGUCUCCGAUCCGGAGCUGAUGGAGCUCUACUAUCCCAGCGCGGAGGCCUUUCUGCGACGCUCCAGCGACGCCACCGCCUUGUUCGUCUGCCUCACGGCCGUCCAGCUGAACCAGAGUGGCCUGCUGGGCCAGCUGGAGGUCAAGCAUCAGCUGCGCCAUCGACGCACCUGCUCGCAGCCGAACUUUAGCAUCUCACCCAAGUUGCAAGCUGUACCGGAGGAGCGGCUGCAGAAACGCAGCUUUAUCAGGCGCCUGAAGAGCCUGCCCAAUCUCAGUGCGGAGGACGAGGAGCUGGAGGAGCGCACCUCAUCCAGGCGGCGCUGUCAGACGUUCAGCAGUUCGAGCAGGAGGCAGCACUACCUGGAGACAGCCCCGUCCAGCAGCUCCUGCUCGUCGCAGGACAGUCCCAAGCGCAUCCAGCUGAUCAACUGCGACGACAUCAAGAUCUGGACCGAUCAAACGCCGCAAGAGCAGCUGCCGCAGGAGAUGCAGGACAAGCAGGACAAGAAGGUGCCGCCGGCAGCACCCAGAGCAUCGGUGGGCAGCUAUCUGGGCAGCUUCUUUGGCUCACCGCCGCUCUACACCAGCUGGUUCCAGCGCAGCCUGGGCGAGGACCAUCUGAAUGCCACCGGGGAUGGCGGCAUGCUGGACACCUUUCUGCCCGUCAACGGGCGAAAGCUGAAGAACAGACAACCGACGCUCUUCGAGGGCGUCAGCAUGUUGGACGAGGCGGCCGCUGCCUCCUCAACCGGGAGCUGCCUGUCCUCGGCGCCCUGGGACAUUCAGGGAUCGAGCACCACCUCCACAACGGCCUCCAGCUCGGUGAGCAUUACGCCGGGCAGCAGCGACAAGAUGGACCAGCAAUCGCUGGCCUCGUUCCUGCAAAUGUCGCGGCAAACGCACAACAACACGCAGCUUGAGAAAGAGAACGCCCACUUCCGGAUUUCGGAGGCCUGCAUCACGGCCAUAGAGCAUGUGAAGUGGAGCCGCCGAUUGGCCCGACCACCGGUUGGACCGGCCGCCAGUACAAAUCCCUCGGAGCCCAACCUCAUGCCCUAUGUGGAGCAGAUUCCCGGCGGCGGCGGUGGCGGCGUACAGAAUCAUAGCGCCGAGGCGGUGGGUCUUCAGCUGAUAUCCCGCUUCAGUGAGCAGCAAUUGCCGCGACUGGGUCACCUCAAAUGGCUCGUCUCCGAGCAGGAGGCGCCGCAGCAACUGCUGCCCAUGCCCAAGCAGCAGGAUCAGGAGCAGGCCAGCCUGACGCGGGGCACCUCCAGUUGGGCGCCGCCGCGCCAGCAGAUCAUAUUCACCGAACAUCCGGCGAACAGUCGUGGCAAGCUGCUGCAGCAGCAGAACCACCGCUGUGCCGGCUGCGGGAUGCGGGUGGCCAAGCACCUGCAGCAGCACUUUCGCUACUGCAGUUACCUCGGCAAGUACCUGUGCACCGGCUGCCAUCGCAACCAGAUAUCGGCGAUACCAGCCCGCAUCCUGCGCUCCUGGGACUUCCGCUGCUAUCCGGUCUGCUCCUUUGCCUACCGCCUCAUCGAGCAGAUGUACGCCUUUCCGCUGUUCCACGUCCCCGAUCUGAAUGGCCAGCUGUACAAGCACAAGGAGCUGGCCAAGGCCCGAAGGAAGCGGCUGCAGUUGCACGCGGUCAAGGGAUUCAUUGCCAACUGUCGGUUUGCAACGAGAGAACAGUCGUUUUUCAAUGCCAUUCCGGUGCACAUCACGCAGGAUCCGGACAUGUGGUCCAUGUGCGAUUUCGUGGACGUCCAGAACAGCAGCAUGAAUCGCUCCAUCAAAGAGGUGAUCGCUCUGAGCGAACAGCAUGUCCACAACUGCGUGCUGUGCACGGGUCGUGCCUUCCUUUGCGAGCACUGCAAGGGCGGCGAACUCAUCUAUCCGUGGCAGCGGAAAGUCCAGCGGUGCGAUCGGUGCGGAGCCUGUUUCCAUCACGCCUGCUGGAAGAUCCGGAGUCGGUGUCGCAGCCAAGCCGAUCCGUGUCCUAGGUGCUCGCGUCUCCAGAAUCGGGCCAGCUAGCAUCCGAUCAACGUGCGGCCUAGAAAUCGAAGGGGUGGAUAGAAAGUCUUGGAAACUAGGGGUCAAAUAUUAUUUUAACUGGAUCUUUUUUUUUCCACUCUAAACAUGUUGUUAUUAUUUUGUUAUGAUAGUCUUGUUGAUAUAUUUAAGGUUAGGCAUGCGUUCGACGAGUCUCAAAUUCUUAUUUAAAGAUCACCAAUUUUCCUUUCAAAAAUUGUACCGGUUUCGAAGGAAACCAGCUUGAUCAAAUAUAUAGCCUUAUUUCUCUUGCAUUUCUUCAAGCUGAAAAUGCAAACUGAGAAGAUAAUAAGUUUAAAAUAGUAAAUAUUCUUACCCACAAAUAUUCAACUUUUAAAAUACCCAUUUUAUUUUAUUUUUCUCAUAUAAUUAUUGAAACAAAUAUUAAACAAGUGUUUGAGAAAGCCCAAACCAGAUAUUUAACCUAAAGUUUCCAAGGCCAAAUUACACUUUUCGCCUCCAGUGAUUUCAUAUAUUUGCAUAACAACUACGAUUAUUUUUACAACUGCUGUACAUAACCAUGUAAAUUACCAAAACUGUUACGAGAAUCGUUUACCUCAAGCGAAAGAUGUGAACCCAUGUUGAUUUUAUACAUAUAUAACAACUAUGAUACGAAUAUUUAUUGCAUACUAAACUGUAUGAUUAAAGAUUUUAUUUUCUUAA